CAAAAGAGCGGCAUCGACACCGGACGGGGUUUUGCCGUUUUUGUUUGCUUGCGUAUGUUAUCCCAAAAAACAACCAGAGUGAACAAAACAUAGGCUUGUUGGGUUGCUCUGGUCGUGUUUCAAUACAAGAAACCAAAGCAUCGAUGGCAAACGUGCUGCCUCUUCAUGUCUUUUCUUCUUCACAAGCACAGAAAACUUCCUCCAGGCCAUUGAAACUCACCAAGAGAACUAACAAGUCUGACAUAUCCAUUUCUACUGCUAAAAAAGGUCUUCUCAGUCCCUCACACAAAAUCCAGAAGUUGAAUUUGGAGGUUUCUCCCCAUAGAGCUGUAUCUGCGGUGAGGUUGAUGAGAAUUGAGCUAGGCGGUGCAUUUGCUGACCUUUUAAAUGAGAAAGGAAAGGGUUCUGGUGAUAAUGAGAUGGGAUAUGUGGAAAGAACUCUUGGCUUUCGCACUCGUGCUUUAGAUGAUCGAGAUCUUAGAUUGGUUACAGAUAUUGUUGGAGGCACCAUUCGUUGGAGGAGAUAUCUUGAUCAUUUGAUUGGAUCACUAUGCCAUGAUAAAAGUGUGUUUAGCAGCAUGGAACCACUUCUUUUACAGAUUCUCCGUAUUGGUUUCUACGAAAUUGUCAAGCUUAAUAUGCCACCGUAUGCUGUUGUAGAUGAGAAUGUGAAACUUGCAAAGGUUGCUCUUCGGCCUGGUGCUGGUAACAUGGUCAAUGGGAUCCUCCGGAAGUUAGUUUUGGUUAAGGAAAAUAACUCCCUUCCUCUACCCAAAUUGGAAGGUGAUGAUCGUGCACAAGCACGUGCUCUUGCUACUCUUUAUUCUCAUCCUGUUUGGAUGGUAAGGCGAUGGACGAAGUAUCUCGGGCAAGAAGAAGCAAUUCGGCUGAUGAUGUGGAACAAUAGUGACCCCAGCUUCAGCUUAAGGGCAAACUCUGGAAAGGGAAUUACUAGAGAUGACCUUGUGACGCAGCUUAAUUCCUUGAAGGUCCCACAUGAGGUUUCUUUGCAUUUGGAUGAUUUUGUGCAUCUAAAAGUUGGUUUGCAGAAUGUCAUACGAGCUGGGCUGCUGAAAGAAGGUCUCUGUUCUGUCCAGGAUGAAAGUGCAGGUCUAGUAGUUUCUGUUGUGGAUCCUCAACCGGGUGAUGACAUUAUAGACUGUUGUGCUGCUCCUGGAGGGAAGACUCUUUACAUGGCAUCUCGGUUGAGUGGAAAAGGCAAAGUGCAUGCAAUUGACAUAAACAAAGGCCGCUUGAGAAUCCUUAGAGAGACAGCUGUUGUGCAAAAAGUCAAUGGUGUUGUUGCUACAAUCCAUGCUGAUCUUCGUGCUGUUGCUGAGAAUAGUCUACUCAAAUCUGGUAAAGUUUUGUUGGAUGCUCCCUGUUCUGGACUUGGGGUUCUCUCCAAGAGAGCAGAUUUGCGAUGGAAUAGAAGUUUAGAAGAUCUGGAACAACUUAAGAAUUUGCAGGAUGAGCUACUUGAUGCAGCUUCCACACUGGUGAGCCCGGGAGGUGUGUUAAUAUACAGUACCUGCUCCAUUGAUCCUGAAGAGAAUGAAGACAGGGUGGAUGCUUUUCUUGGCAGGCAUCCUGAAUUCAGAAUAGAUCCUGUUGAUAGAUAUGUACCAUCAGAUUUCGUUACAAAACAAGGUUUCUAUCUCUCUAAUCCGCUGAAACAUUCGCUAGAUGGAGCAUUUGCAGCUCGUCUUGUACGGGCUUUGUGAAGAAAUGAGUAGAGUACAGCAACCCUUGAUGGUCUAUGUGAAGAGCUCACUACAUGGCUGAGUUCUCUCUUUGAUACUGAGCCACUGCAGUGAAUAGCUCAUGCUUCCAGCAUUAUCAAAUCAACUUGAUUUCAUUGAAUUAACCCUAGAAGGACACAGUGCCGAAGAAUAAAGAUCUUACCAGUGCUUCAGCAUGAUUUGUGGGAGGCCCUUAAGAAACAGAUCAUACCGAUUCUGUAGCCUGAUAUAUUGCUUACCAGGCAAACUGCUAAAGCUUGCAGUCUGGUGAUGACAAUGGAAGCUGCUCGAGGAGCUUUUUCAUGGUACGUUAAAGCUGAAUUUAAACCAGCAGGUCGUUUGCACAUGGGUCUGCUUGGACAGAAUUCCUAGUAUUGGCAGGAUACAAUGUAACAGUCUUUUUCGUUUGUGAAAGUGUAUAAUGGAUGCUGGGAAAAAAAUAAUAAUAAACACUAGUAUUUCCCUUAUGAAAUACUUAAUACUCUUUUUUUUUUUUAUUUUCUGAUGAUUCAACAUUUCUUUUGUCAUAAACCCUAGUAUCUCCUCUCAUCAGAACUGUAAUUAUUUUUCAUAAUAAUUGCAUCGAGCGUCAUCGUUA